AUGAACUGGGAAGCUCUUAGAUACGUGCUCGGCCAGCGGAACUGCGAGGCAGAAGCAAGCUGCUGCAUGCAGGGGGAUGGGGAGAGCGACAUUUCGACUCGCGCACCAUUUCUUGUGAGCCUCGAUGAGUAUGAAGAUGAUGAAGCAGGGCAGAAGGAGCGAAAGAAGGAAGAUGCUAUUACCCAACAGAAUACAAUACAAAAUGAGAGUUCCAGUGCAGAUACUGCUGGCUCAUAUUUAUUACAGGACUCCUCCAGGAUGGUUUCAAGCAGGUAUAAAAGCACAGCUAAUGCACCAGAAGAUGAUGCUCCAAAUAGAUAUUCCCGAACAGACAGGACAGCUUACAGCAGAUACAGCAGGGAUGCAAACUCUUCUGGCAGUUCUGUACCAAGUAACACUUUGGAAAAGAGGAUUGAGGAACUUGAAAGGGAACUUGCAAAGGAGAGACAGGAGAAUGUGAGAUUAAUGAAGAUGACACAGGACAAAGAGGAACUAAUUGGAAAGCUGAAGGAAGAAAUUGAUUUAUUAAACAGAGACCUAGAUGAUAUAGAAGAUGAAAAUGAACAGUUGAAGCAAGAAAAUAAAACCCUCUUAAAAGUUGUUGGACAGCUGACAAGGUAGAAGAUGCAAGCCUCAAUGAGGAAAGAUUUAAAAACUACUGAUUGAACGUUAAGGUCAAUAUAGUAAUACUUCCUGUGUUGCAGUAUGUUAUAAUAACUGUCUUUAUAUUUAUUGUUAGGAAACCAGAUGAAUGUUUAUUUUCAUAGUACUUUCUUCUUCAUUCAAUGAAAUGGCAUCAAAUUUGGGGUAUAUUUUUAGCUUUCUUUUCACGUAAGAAUAAUUAAAACUUUUGACAUUUCAAAAUAUUACGUUCAAAAAUAUUUGGGUUUUGUAUCUUCAGCUUACAUCUGGAUAAGUUACAGUAAUUUACAAUUCAUAGCACCAAGAUCACUUUCAGUCUAUGUGGGUGUAUAUUUUUGAAAUUAAUGGAAGCAAUACCAAUACAUAUAAACUUUGUUUACACAGAUCCAAAAUACAUAUUUUGGGAAAUAUUUCCUUUUUUGUUUAAACAGCUGUAAAGUGGAUGCCUUAUUACUGAUGUAUAACAUUUUGCAGAUUGAUUACUUGCUCUAAAACUCUUGUACGUUGAGGGUUUUUUUACUGUCUCUGAAAGACUGGCAAUAGUAGAGAGUAGCAAUUUUUUUGCUUCUGUAUAGCAGUAUUCUGGCAGGAGAGGGAGGUUUU